AUGAUUUUCCAACCGUCCAAGCGGAGCUCAGUUCAACUGCGGCAACUUGUGACGGUGGACGUGCGAAGCGGAAGAAGCACCGAAAAGCUCAGUGAAGCGCGCGUUCUCUACAAAUAUUUUAUUUAAACCGAACAGGCAAGCUUGUUAGUAAAUUGGUACCAUAUUUUUCCGAGCUUCGCACAAAUUUAGUAAAGUGAAGUUUUGAAAUUGUAAAAAAUUAAGUGUGGAAAUAGCGAAAAUCGGUCGCAAGUGAAUUCUGCCAAAUAUUCGCGUUGAAUCACAACAACAUAAAAAUAAAUUCUACAAGUAAAAAGCCGUAAAAGGCUUUGCAUUCUGUGGCCACCAGCCUUCGAUUUGGUGGAGUGGCGAAGCGUGUGAAACUUUGUACGCCGAAAAGUGGCGGAAAGGCAACUGCAACUGUCAUAGUUGUUGACUUCAAGAUUGGACUGCAUUGCAGCGUCUACAAAAACAUAAUAACAACAAAUUCAAAAAAAGAUAAAAUUGAAAAAAGUUAGUCAACGGCCGCGCGAGAAUCUGAAAAAACGAAAAACGGAAAGCAAAACAAACGCAAAAACCGUGUAAAUUAGGGUGUGCAAUUGAUAGUGAGUUCAUGGUGUGCGAAAACGCGAUUUUAUAAAAAAUCUCAUAAAAUAUUUACACACAUAGCGAAGCGUAACGCGUUAUUUUCUAUAAUUUUCUCAAAGCUGUUGUUGUUUAUUCUUUCGAGUGCCGAAAAAUCAGAGAAAUAACAGUUAUUGCAUAACUUUGGUUCAAAUCGUCAAAUAUAAUUGCCGAUGCUGCCGAAAUUGUGAGAUAUCGAACGUCAAAAAGAAAGAAAAUGCAAUUGAAACGGUCCUUCAGCGCCAGCCAGCUACGGGCGAUGCUGCGCAAGGACGGCCUUGUGCGACUGCGUCAACCGGUUAUGACGGUUGUGCAAGUGGUUUGGCCUUGUCUGGUGUUUAUGCUGCUCUACCUCAUACGUCUCAAGUUCGGUCCCGAACACAUAGAAGACUGCCAAUUUCCCACGCGUUUGCUGCCCACCAAAAAUCAGGUUCUACCAAGUUUCUACUCUUACAUCUGUAGUUUGGAAAAUAAUUGUAUGAAGACGACGCCAUACGAAGAGACAACGAGUUGGCAGAAUGCACCCAUGAAGCCAAUUGUUGAUAUCGUGAAUAUAUUUGUCACCGACGAUCGCAUGUUUAACGCUGUCAUCGAUUUGCCGGAAAAGGCGAAUUUCAUAAAUGCCGUAACGGCUGUGGUCACGGGCGGCCAUUUCAACCAGAUACGACAAAGCGUCGGCAGUGUUAUCAACCUGGUGCCCCAAGUGGAGGAUUUCCUAAAUGGCACGUUCGAUAUAAAUCGACUCUUUUCAGAUCGCAGAACCUUCGUUAAGGCUGGUUACCUUAUGUGUGGUCAUCCGUUCCCCAGCACCGAUACCAUACCCCUUGUUAAUGACAUUCUCUAUGACACCGAAGACUUCAGCAAAAUAAAUGAUGACGAGAUUAAUGUAAUGCCCACGAAAUAUUGCAAACAACUUUACUUGAAUAUCACAACAACCACGACGGGCAAGUUGACAUGGAACGUGGUGAAACCACUGAUACAUGGCAAGAUUUUAUUUGCACCUGUUACUGAGGAGACUUUAUCAAUUAUGACGCAUGCCAACACUACGUUCGAGGAGUUGAAUCGUUUGAAACGGUUGUCAGUUGCAGUCGCCGAUAUUGUUACCAAGUUACGUGAAGACGGUCCAUUUCAGAAAGGCUUUGAUAGCCUGCUCAAGUUGGCCACCUCACAAACUGUACGCUCCUACAUCGGCGAUGAUAUAAACGUCGACGAAAUUGUUGGCGUUGUAAAUCGUAUACGGACCGAUCCGCUCGUAUACGACAUUGUUAGGACCAUCAAGAACAUACUGGAAUGUUUUUCCGUGGAUCGCUUUGUGCCAUUGGCAACCGCCAAGGAUUUACAACUCACUGCAUUCGAAUUGAAUGACAAGCGUUUGUUCUUCGCUGCAGCAUAUUUCAAUAAAACCGGUAAUGAUGUAUCCUACAAACUGCAUAUGGACACCGAAAAUACACAACCGACCUUUGAGAACAAGAACCGCUUCUGGUUUCCGGGUCCAUCGCGCAGCAUGAUACGCGACAUGAAAUACCAUCGUGGUUUCGUGCAGAUAAAGAAUGCCAUCGACAUGGGCAUCAUUAGACACCAGAAGUUGUUGCAUAAAAACAUCACUGAGGAAAGCUCCUUCGAGUUGAGCACAAACAGUCCCAUUUCGAUUGAAAUUGAGACUGGUAGUGGAUUUGGUGAGGAUGAGGAUGAAGAUGACGAUUGGUCGACACCGACGAAGGAGAGUUUACCACAGGCACACAACGAUGACCGCCGACCCAGUUCGAUGGAGACUAUGGUAAAUCUAGAUGAUCUCAAGGUGAACACUCGCAGACGACGCCAAGCUUUGCUCGAUUUACUUAGCGUGUUUGGCGGCAAUAACGCCGACACGCUGAGCAAGCACGGAGUGGAUGGACUGCAGAUGUACACGAAGCAAUUUCCGUAUCCCGCUUACACACACGAUGACAUGAAAACGGGUAUUUACCUUGCGCAAGCGAUACAAGUAGCCUUCUUUUUGGGCCUGGUAGCACAAAUCGCCAAUUGUGUGCGCCACUUAAUUUGGAUGCGUGAGAGUCGGAAUACAAUGAUCAUGCGUUCCAUGGGCCUGAAGCCGUGUUCGGAACUCACUUCUUGGAUUAUUGUUACAUUUGUGGAACUCAUUGUAAUUUUUGUGGGCGUAACGUUUAUCCUCUACAUUGGUGGUCUGCUGAAGUUUGUCUCAUUUAUAUUCGUCAUGUUUUUCUUGUUUGUAUUUGGUGCAUCUUUGAUAUCCUUUUGCUAUAUGUGCUCAACUUUCUUCACGUCGGCCACAAUCGGUGCCGUGGCCACGGCACUGCUCUUCUUUAUCUCCUACUGUCCCUACAUCAUUGUGCUGCUCUUUGACUCUCACCUCAAUUCGUUCGAGAACUUCUGCAUUAACUUGUCAUUCACAACGGCAUUCUCACAUGGUUGGAGCCAUAUUAUGCGCAUGGAGUUACAAGAGAUCGGUUUGAGCUUUGUGCAAGUCUUCCAAGAAGGUAUGCGUGGCGAAUUUGGAUUCGCAUUCAUUAUGAUGAUUGUGGAUGCGAUAAUUUAUGGCGCUAUCGGUUACUUGGUGCGACAUUUCAUGGAUGCAGAUGAGUAUCGAUUCAUUGAAGUGCAGCGCGAUGAUUUGGAUGCAAGUGUUGGUGCAACGCUGACAAACGUGAGCAAGUUGUAUGGUGAGCAAGUGGCCGUGAGCGAUGUGAAUCUGUCGUUGUCCCGGGAUAAGAUCACAUGUCUGCUGGGACGCAAUGGUGCAGGAAAGAGCACAAUUAUCAAAAUGCUUACGGGUCAAGUGGUGCAAUCGACGGGGCGUGUUAUACUCUCACAGGCAAUGACAAGUAGCGAUGAAUACGAUAAGGUGGGCGUAUGCUCUCAAGACAAUAUUUUAAUACCAAAUCUAACAGCGCGCGAACACUUGGAACUGUAUGCGUCUAUCAAACUGAAACACAACUAUAACUCGGAGGUGGAUAAAACACUGAAAAGCUUGAAAUUCGGAAAAUAUGAGAAUUAUCAGGCCUAUCAACUGUCGGGCGGUUACCAGCGUAGACUUUGCGUCGCUCUGGCCUUUAUUGGUUCACCUAACGUUGUGAUUCUGGACGAGCCAUGCAAUGGUGUCGACUCUAAAGCACGCAAAGAUAUCUGGGAACUGAUACAACGCUUGAGAAAAGGACGUGCCGUUGUUUUUGCUACACACUUCUUGGACGAAGCGGAGUUUCUAAGUGAUGUGAUGGUUAUCAUGAAGAACGGCAAAAUCAUAGUGAAACAUAGCCCAGAAACUCUAAAAGAAUACUGCACAUCCGGCUUUGAGGUACUCUUCCAUUGCAGCGAUAGCCAAACUAUAACUGAAAUCCGCACUAUGGGUAAAGAUAUGCUCUCCAGCUUCAAAGAACCCGAUUGGUUAGAUAGUGGUGACAUUCGUCUGCAAGUACCUUACGAUCAAGGCGGCUCCAGCAAAUCACUGGCUUACCUAGAUUACCUGGAAAACUUACAGAACGGUGGACUUAUUGCCAACUUACGCGUUGAAAGUCGCAAUUUAGAACAAAUAUUCGCGGACUUGCACGAGGACAAGGAAAACGCCAGCAAGGGUGUAAACACAAGGUUUAACAUGAAGAAGGUUGAAUUGAAAAACUCGACAGUGGCUAAUAUAGUGAAUAGUGGCUCGUUAGGUGUGCUCACAGCCGUUCAGAAUUUAUUACACAAACGCAUCGUUCACUUUAGCAGAAAUUAUCGUAUUCUCCUUUGCGUCAUCGUAUUACCUGCGCUAUUCGAGUUGUUCGCCAUGUGGUUCGUCACAUAUCGUUUGGAAGACGACUACGAUACAACAAUUAGUUUCACUCGCGAACUAUAUCCGAAAACAAUGCAAAUGUUCAGCAUGGAACUGAACAAAACACUCACGAAUGCGGCUUAUGAAGGCUUGGCCGAGCAGUGCUCCGCUGAGAGCCCAUGUCGGGAGUUUAGAAAUUCAAGCACGGCCUUCUAUUGGAUCUUGCAAUCAAUGAAUGAUUAUCAUGAGAAACGCUAUGGUGGCUACUCCUUCAAUGAUACGAAUGCUAUCGUUUGGUACAACAACAAAGGCUAUCAUGCUAUGAUGGCUUGGCUGAACGAUUUGAAUACGCGCUUGCUGCAAGUAGAGAUGGACGAUAGUAACUUCAGCAUUACAAGCUUCAAUGAACCAUGGAAACUUGGCGCCGCCGAGCUCAGUACGACCUCAGUUUUGCGUCAAGCUGGCGAUUCGUCCAUGGUCUUCAUACUACUCAUCGCAUUCAGUUUGGUGGUGGCCGUAUCAUCCGUUUUUCUAGUAAACGAACGCGUGAAAGGCGAAAAACUGCAACAGAAACUUUGUGGUGUAAACUUAGCCACCUACUGGGGUGUAGCGUUUGCUUGGGAUUUUCUGAUUAUGAUAAUCGCCAUAUUGGUCUGUGGCGCCAUCAUAUUCGCAUUCGGAUUGCCAGUAUUUGUUGCUCGUCAAAAUGUUUCCGGUAUAUUCGUGCUCGCACUGCUCUUUGCAUUUGCCUGCAUACCAGGUGUACAUGUGUUUGAGAAAUGCUUCAACGACUCCAGUGUGGCGAUUGUGACCAUAUUCUGUAUGAAUAUCAUAAUUCCACUCUUCACCAUGGCCAAUAUCAUACUGCUGGGUGUAAUCGGUGACUCGGAAGUAUGGGACGAUUGGCGCUAUUUCCUUAACCGUGCCUUCCUCAUUUUUCCGCAACACGCUUUAGGCGACGGUUUACUUGAAAUCUGCAAAAAUUAUAUGGUCUCACUCGUCUUCCAACGAUACGAUAUCGAUUCCUACAAACACCCAGUUUCGAGUGAUUUACUCCGUCCACAUAUGCUGGCGCUAUUCAUAGUCGGUGUUUUCUUCAUCAUUCUGAAUGUUUUGCUGGAGACCGGUAAGAUUUAUAAAUGGGGAAAAACGUUAGUAAAUCGUCUGCCUAUCUACCAAAAAUAUGCUGAGAAGCAGGCGGAGGAAUUAAAAAUCGUAUCCAUACAGAACUCGCUUAAACGCGCCGAUAAAGAUGAGACACCACAAGUACUGAAAGUAGACAACCUCUGCAAGUCUUACGAUCGCGGACAGUAUGUUGUGAAGAAUGUCACAUUCGCAGUGAGAGCCGGUGAAUGUUUCGGCUUAUUAGGCAAGAACGGCACCGGCAAGUCCACGAUAUUCAAGAUGCUCUCUGGCGAGCUGCAGCCGAAUGUGGGCGCCAUCAAUUACUUCAACGGCGAGAUAGCCUAUUGUCCGCAAACAAAUCCGCUGGACUCCCUGCUGACUGUCGAGGAAUGCAUUCGGUUCUACGGGAAUCUGCGGCGCGUCGCUAAUAUGGACAAGCUAAUAGAACACGUACUGGAGUCAUUCCAACUGAAGUCGUACCGUCACGUGUUGGUUAAGAAUUUGAGUGGCGGCAAUCGUCGUAAGCUGACAGUGGCGCUCACUUGUUGCGGUCGCACCACAGUCGUGCUAAUGGAUGAGCCCACCAGCGACAUGGACCCGGUCACGCGCGCCAUUGUUUAUCGCACCAUACACGAUCUACUCGCUACACAACGCGCGGUUGUGCUCACUUCGCACUCGGUAUCGGAGAUCGAUGGAAUCUGCCAUCGUAUCGCCGUGCUCAAGGACGGUCAAAUCCUGACCUGCAGCAGUCCGGAGAGUUUGAACAAGCAGUACGGCGGUUACUACAAUGUCGUAAUUUAUGGCGACAACCAAUUGAUCGAAUCGGUAGAGAAGGCCAUACAUAUGCGUCUGCCGCAGUGCGUGGACUUCCAGACUUACCCGCAUUCCAUAAAGUUUAGCCUCAAAAUCCAAACAGUCAAGCCGCGUGAGCAUGAUGUGGAGGCAAUGGUGCCACCACAGAGCAACAAAGUGUUAAGUUUGGCCGAUCUUUUCCGUGAAUUGAACACGCUGUCGAAGCAAUAUGAAAAUCGCCUGCACUACACAGUCAGCCAUUGUCGUCUGGAUGCGGUAUUCGAGCGCAUCUUGGAUUCCAGCGAACAGCCACCUACCAUCGCCAACGGACUGGGCAAGUCGAGCUUGAUGGGCAACCCUUCCACCGGCUACAUCCACAAUGGUUACGUGGAAACGGAGACUGUCACAUGACCAUCCAGCGCGUCGUUGCUUCCAUCGCCGUCGCCAGCUAAUGCAACUGUUAAAUGCUGUGGCUCUCCGCUCAUAUAGUCAAAGUUCGGCCGGCAACAACGACCUUGUUUACCAGCGACAUGUUUUAUAGUCCCACUACAUAUUUACUUAAUUACUUUAUGCGAUAUUUGUUUGUGAUAAGGUUUAAUUUUGCUCACAUAGGACUUUAUUGUAUCGUACCUUUUGUGUUUUUUUGUUUCAGUUUUCGAGUAUACUAAAGCCUUGGCUUUUUUGAAUCGAAUUAGGAAUUUUGGGUGUAUCCGCGUAAUUAUUGUAGUUAGGUUUAAUGUAUUCUUAGCUGUAAUGUGUUUUGUUUCGUAUUUGUUUCCGUAAUGUAUUAUGUAAAGGCGUCACAAUUGCCGAAGCUGAGCUUCGUUCUCAGGCAAAAUUGCUUACAAAUAAUCUAAGUGAAAGUAGUCUCUCGCUAAAUACUAUAAGUAUUAACGUUUGUGUAGUCUUCCACUAAUACAAAUAUAUAUAUUUAUGAUAUUAAGUAUGAUACCAAAUUUGUCUUGAAUAUAAUAAACAUACAGUACCCCGCCAACCCA